AUGGUUUGAUUCUCUUUCUUCCUUAGGACAACACACAAUCUCUCUCACACACAGACGCGAGAAACUGAGAGAGGAAGCGAUGGUAAAGGAUCGGAAAAUCGGCGUCGCCCUUGACUUCUCCAAAAGCAGCAAGAACGCUCUCAAAUGGGCUCUGGACAAUUUGGCCGAUAAGGGCGACAACAUUUACAUCAUCCACAUCAAUCCCAACUCUCUUGAUGAGUCCCGUAACCAGCUUUGGGCUCAAUCCGGUUCUCCUCUUAUUCCUUUGUCUGAGUUCAGAGAGCCAGAGAUUAUGAAGAAGUAUGAUGUUCAGACAGAUAUCGAGGUUCUUGAUUUGCUCGACACUGGUGCCAGGCAGAAAGAGGUGAACAUUGUGACGAAAAUAUACUGGGGAGAUGCGAGGGAGAAACUUCUGGAUGCUGUAGAAGAACUGAAGCUGGAUUCUCUGGUUAUGGGAAGCAGAGGCCUUAGCACUAUCAGAAGGAUAAUAUUGGGAAGUGUGAGCAACUUUGUGAUGACUCAUGCCCCUUGCCCAGUGACCAUCGUGAAGGAUUCAAGCAGCAGCAGCUAAGCCUGAUGUCAGUCUGGCCCUAGGAUCAACAGUUUGAAACCUGCUAAAUCAUAUUCUAUUCUGUUAUGGUUAUAAUGCUAAGAUUAUCUGUGUUAGACUCUCUUUUCAAAAGAAUAAUGAAAUUUGUGUGCCCCUCUUUUUAGUAAUUUCAAUUCGGUCCCCGUAAUAUUUUAA